GACAAAAGAUCGCCGAUCCAAGGGACAGUCGUGUCGCAUUGCGACAUGGCGCGAUUUCAAAAUGACGAAUCAAGCCAAUUUCUCGAGGCAGCUUCUUCCGCAGCAAUUCUCCGCCGUGAGUUCUCAUGAUCACGAUUGACGGUUCGAUUGGCCAUUCGCAAGCCAUUGCAAAAUGGUUAUUAUCACAACAGAGACAGCUUUCCAAUCGCAAACUGUCAAAAGGUCGUAAACGUCCGGCUUCUUUUCCGGAGACUGAGUUGAAGCCAAGUUGGCGUCAGAAAAAACGAUUUCAAGGCACGAUCGAUCUUGUUCGCCUCCAACUUCCCGUGCACGUGGCUAAUCUUGACCUUGAUGAGUUGCGGGAGUUUCAGACAGUGUUUGAGGACAUGGAACAAGCACUGAGAGCUGUGUGGAGUACGGGCAUCGUGUGCGAUCUUGAAACAGCCACUAUGAAAAUCAAAUCAGCCGACGGGGUCACCCUUAUCACCAACGAAAUCAUGUAUUCAGCAGAGCAGAAAAUUGACGACGCUACCAAUAUCAUUGCUACCAUUGCGCGCUUGGUCGACGACGACCUUGCAGAUACCGUUUAUAUUCAAUUGUAUUCCGACGAUAACGGAAACCUGAUCUGCGAACUCUCCAUUCGCGUUCUGAUCGAGAGCACUCAAUUGUCCCAGAGAUCAGUAAUGCAGUUGAUAAAUCAAGUAUACCCGCCUCCCGCACCGCCAAAGUCAACCUCACUGGAAGAGUUCAAUGAACACUUGCAGCCACCUGUAUCAGACACGCGGGUCACAGCAUGCACGCCCAAUGGUUUAACUACCAUGCUCACGCCAUUUCAAACUCAAAACGUUCAAUGGAUGUUGGCGCGAGAAGGGCAUACGGCGAAAGAUCCCAAUCGUAUAGAAUGUCUGGGGAAUCAUCAAGAGGUGCCUUUCUUGUGGGAAACGAUCCAUUCCGAUUCAGGGCAACUGAUUUACAUCAAUCGGGUCGCGCAGAAGAUUGCCGUCGAGUGGACCGACGAACUGCAGAGAGCCUCGUAUCAUAUGAGAAGAGGUGGUAUAUUGGCCGAUGAAAUGGGUCUAGGCAAAACACUUAGCACCAUCGCACUUAUUCUUUUGCAUAAACUCAAUUCUACCGAUCCCUGCGUUCCAGAUCCUGCAACACCUCGAGAAGAUGGGCUGAUCGUGGCUCAUGCUACACUUGUCGUCGCUCCAGCCGCUAUCUUGCAACAAUGGAGAGCAGAGAUCGAGCGCCAUGCGCCCAUGCUUCGCUACUUUGUCUAUGAAGGUGUGCGGAGCCUUUCUUCUAAUGACGAUAUGGAGCAUAUUUUAGCCGAGCAGGACAUUGUAUUGGUAUCAUAUGAGACAUUGCGCGUUGAAGUGCACUAUACCGAAAUAAGGGAACGAUCGCGCAGAAAAGCUGCAAAAUAUCCUGUGCGACAGACUCCUUUGAUGAAGUUGCUGUGGUGGCGCUGUGUCCUGGAUGAAGCACAAAUGGUGGAAACAGCUGCGGGUGCUGCUAGCAUGGCACGAUUGAUCCCGCGAUGGUAUUCAUGGUGCGUUAGUGGAACACCGAUGCGCAAAAGCAAUCAUGACGAUCUGUAUUGGCUGUAUCUAUAUUUGGAAUGUAUUCCAUCAUGCCAGAAACAACCAACUUUCCUUCGUCUAUCAAAAAACGAUGAACUCAGAGGUCUUUACUGGGAGUUGACAAAGGCCACCAUCCGACGUAAUACAAAAGCCAUGCUUGUGCAUCAGAUCAAUAUUCCUCCACAAAGACGAUUUAUUGUCAAUGUCUCCUUUUCGACCAUCGAACAGCAUUAUUAUGACGAUAUGUGGGCACGUUGCCGAGGAGACGUCGAUCUUCCUUAUUGGGAUGCCGAAGGGUGGCAGUCUACUCGAGAAAACGAGCAACGGUAUACAAGUCUUUUUGCAAAAUUGCGUUCCUGGCUUCUGAUGCUCCGUCAAACAUGUGUGCAUCCAGCCGUUGGAAACACAACUUCAAGAAGACAAACCAGUGAGACGAUUCACACAUUGGAAGAAGUUCUGCAUUCGAUGAUCGAGCAGACAAGUGAUAAAAUUAAUGAAGCAGAGACCGCGUUGACUACCGCAAAGUUGAAACAAGCGGGCAUGUUUGAAGUGCUAAAAGAUUGGGGCAAGGCACUGGAGAUCUAUCUCCAAUGUAUCCCGCAUGUUGCGGCGUGGGCUAAAGCGAUGGGAGCAAGAUGCGACCAGUUAAAGUUGGAUUACCGACAGCUGGAGCGGCAACAAGAAGCAGAGAAAGACGAAUCGACAGACACUGUAAAGAAGAUAUCGCGCGGACCAAAGAAAGCGCACGAACUCCAAAAAGAACAUCUACGAGAAAAAUUGCUCUUAAUGACGCAGCGGCACGGCAGCUGGCUAGGGCUUUUGCAUCGUUUUUACUUUUUCACGGCGGGAAUUUAUCACGAACUAGAGAAAGAGACCGAAGAGAACGAUUUCUAUGCAAAGGCGGCGGAUGUUCGUCGUCAAAUGCUACUUCGUAUGGAGGACAAGUUUACAGCUACGCUUCAAGAGGUGAAAGAGCUGCAACUCACGUCAUUGACGGAUGCAUGCUGGACAGUGGCUCCAACCCAACAAAAGGAAACCUUCCUUCUCACCGCCAGCAUGUUGGAGCGCAUUCAACGUGUGACCAAGAUGUUGAAUGACCAGAUCGACGUGAUAAACAACUGGCGACAGACGCUCCUUAAUUUAUUGACAGUGAACCUUGUGGAUCACGGAUCGGAAGAGGAUGAAACAAAAGGCAAUGAAUACGAAGAGUCUCUCGUUUUACAAGAGCAAGCCAAUCUGUACCAAGAUGCGUAUCAGGCCAUCCUUCGAGAUCGCAAUUUCUGGGUAAACGGGACAUGGUUCGAGUCUACGGUUAAAGAAUCAACCACUGCAGACAGCGAAACGACAGUUGUCGAGGAAGCAACCAAAAAUGAAAAUAGUGAAGACGAGGCCAUCAAGGUAUUGAAGCGCAAUCUUCGUGAAACUCGCCGUUCAAUGGCGCCUUCCUCGGAAGCAGAAGCAAGCUUACGUUCUAUCGCUACGGAGCUUCGCGAGGCCAUGUCGCGGACAUUCAUCAGCGAAUUAGAAAAGAACAUCAUUCGAAGCGAAAUCGCUCGACUCACCAAAAUAGCCAGCACCCAAAGAGAGCUCCAAGACAAGCUCGACAGUGAGUUUCGAAAAUUAUCACAUCUGUCUAAUACGCGUAUCGAAUACUACAAAGCGUUGCAAGCCAUCUCCGAUCAUGUUGUGGCUUGGGAAAAUGCCAAUCCAACAGGAGAGCUAAAGAAACUGCAUGAACAAGAGAAGAAGCUCAAACAGACCGUGUCAGAACAGUCCGCUAGACAUCGUUAUCUUCAGAAUCUCGCCAAGGAAAAGGACCAAGGAUCGGAACAGUCUGAACAAAGAAUCUGUCUUAUCUGUCAGACAGGGUUUGACAAAGGCAUUGUGACAUUCUGCGGACAUGUGUAUUGCGAAAGUUGCGCUUUAGCGUGGUUUUCAUUGAGACGCAAAUGCCCUCAAUGUAAUGCCACUGUUAAUCCGUACGAAUGGUAUACUGUUGCCUGGUCGCAAGCCGAAGUGCAGACAGACGAUCUAGAUACCAGUACUGAACAGCAGGACAUUGGCAGCAGUAUACCGAGUGAUGUGAUGCGAAAAAUCGAAACUUGUAAUAUCAAAGAAGGAUUGGGUGCCAAGCUGGAUGCGAUUGUGCGUCACAUAAAAUACAUCAAAGAAACCACCAAUGGAAAAUGCGUGGUUUUCUCCCAGUGGAGUGCCGUGCUUCGACUGUUGGCCAGCGGGUUGGAAACGAACGAUAUUUCUGCCGUUAACUUCACUAGUACUCGACAACAAGAAGGCUUGCAAGCAUUCCGUGAAGACCCCAAUGUCAAUGUGCUUCUUUUGCAUGCCCGCAGCCAUGCUAGAACCUGUUCUCAAUGACGCUUUGGAAAAGCAAGCCAUCAGUCGUGUCCAUCGUAUAGGACAAACUAAAGAGACGGCUGUGUUUUGGUACAUAGUUCGCAACACCAUCGAAGAACGGAUCCAAAUCAUCCAUAACGCCAAAAGGCGAAGCCGGCUUCGCGACAAUGUGCCUGACGGUAUGGAAACGGAGAACCUCGCGGAUGUGAUUACUUUGGAUAGUGCCGCAGCUGGAGGAGGAGAAUUUGUGUCCAACGACGAUUUACGGAGUUGCUUUGCACGACAAGACAUAUGGACUCAACACCAGCAAAAGGUUGAAACAUCGGCAUCCACAUCCACAUCCACAUCUGCAGAGUGAUUCAUUGUAUUUUACGGUUGAAUAAAUA